AUGCAUAUGUUUCCAUUUGGUCAUGUUGUAUACAUGCCUUUGUCAUCAUCAACAACAACAACAUUAUUAGGACCUAUAUCAGCAGAUUUUUUAUCUUCUUCUAUAAUUCCGUUAUAUAAUACAACACUUUUAAACAAUCCAUUCAACUUAUACACAAAUCCGAAGUUUGAAUAUAGUAUUCAUCAACAAACAUUACCACAUAGAUUCAAACGUAUACGUGAUGAUUUUCAUGAUAUACAAGAAAAAAAACGUCCGAAAUUAACACCAACUAUUAAUAAUAGUUCAUCAUCAUUAUCAAAAAAUGCACUUAUGUUAUUACAUGAACUUAAACCUUCAAUUGAAUAUAAACUUAUUGCACAAACAGGUCCAUCUCAUCGACCUAUGUUUACUAUGGCUGUUGAACUUAAUGGACAAAUAUUUGAAGGUAUAGCUCAAACAAAAAAAGAAGCUAAACAAGCAGCUGCUGAAAAAGCACUUCGAUCAUUUUCUCAAUUACCUUUUCCAUUGUCUGAUAAUUUAAAAAAUGACUUCCUAUUAACAAAUAUGAAUAAUGAUAAUAAUAUACAAUUAAAUAUUUCUGAAUCAUAUGAAAAUCAAAAUGAAUUAAAUCCAUUUUAUCUUCUUAAAAAAUUAAAACAAAAUUUUGAAUGUAAAGAAAUUACAAAUGAAAUAAUAUCUGAACAAAAUGAAUAUAAAUUUAUUAUUACUAUUGAUAAUCAACAUUUUAUUGGUAUAGAUGAAAAUAAAAAUAUAGCUAAAAUAAAAGCAGCACAAUAUGCAUUAGAAAAAUUAUUUGGUAUGUGUUUUCAUAAACAAGAUUGUCUAUCAAUUGAAAAUGAUAGUCUUCCAAAUAAUCUUUCUUAUUCUCGUCAAAUUCUUGCUGAUCGUAUUGCAUUAUGUAUUCAAGAAAAAUUUCAUGAAUUAACUAAAAAUAAUGUACGUUUUCAACGACGUAAAGUUUUAUCUGGUAUUAUUCUUUUACAUAAUUAUAAUCUUGAAACAAUGGAAAUUAUUUGUAUAACAACAGGUACAAAAUCAAUAAAUAAUAAUUCUUUAAUACAAAAUGGAAAAAUUCUACAUGAUUGUCAUGCUGAAAUAUUAGCACGUCGUUGUCUUAUUUAUUAUUGUUAUGAACAAUUAAAAUUAUAUUUAAAUGAAAAAUAUGAUGAAACAAUAUUUGAAAAAAUUUCUCAUAAUAAUCAAUAUCAAAUUAAAUCAUCAAUUACAUUUCAUUUAUAUAUAUCAAUAGCACCAUGUGGUGAUAGUCGACUUAUAUCACAACAAGAUAAUACAUAUGAAAAAUCAUCAUUAAUUAAUUUAAAACAAAAUUUAAAAUAUUCAUUAAAAAAAUCAUGUGGAUUAUUACGAAGAAAAAUUGAAGUUAGUGAAGGUACAAUACCUAUUUUAGCUAAAACAAUUUAUCAAAAUAUAUCAAUAUGUGAUGAAUUAAUAUCUAAUGAACGAUUUUUAACAAUGUCUUGUUCAGAUAAAUUAUGUCGAUGGAAUUUUAUUGGUUUACAAGGUGCUUUAUUAAGUACAUUAAUUAAUCCAAUUUAUUAUACUAGUAUUAUCAUAGGAAGUUUAUAUAAUAGUGAACAUAUUCGACGAGCAUUAUUUUCUCGAAUAGAACAUAAAGUAUAUAAUAUGCCAAUUCCAUAUGGAUUACGACGACCAUUUAUAACAGAUAUUACCAAUCCCGAAAUACGAAAUACAACACGAUCAUCAAAUCAUGCAUUGAUAUGGAAUUGUAUUGAUCAAAAAUGUGAAAUUAUCGAUAGUUUAAGUGGAUUAACAAUAUCACAUGAACCAUCAAUAGUAUCAAAAAUAGCUUUAUUUCAACAAUGGAUAAAUUUAAUGAAUAAAAUUAAAUCAGAAACAAUACCAAAGAAUUAUUAUGAUGCUAAACAAUUAGCUGUAGAUUAUCAAACAGCUAAAAUAAAAGUUAAUCAAGCAUUUGAAAAUUGUGGAUUUGGUCUAUGGAUUAAAAAACCAAAUGAACAAGAUCAAUUUGAUUUAUCAUCAUUAGCUUUUGAAAACAAAUGA